AUGCCUGUUUAUUCCAACACACCUUUAUUCCACCCUGACCAGUUCAACGCCCCUUUUAUUCUGCCCUGUCUUUUUAUCCUAACCUCCCGUUUAUUCCAUACCACCUGUUUUGAAUUCACCCUGAACGUUUAUUCCACCCUAUCCGAUUAUUCCAGUAUCCCUGUUUUUCUUGCCUUUUAUUCCACCCUAUCCGUUUAUUCGCGACUCCCCUUUUAUUCCUGUCUGUUUAUUCUGAUAUCCCCGUGUAUUUCGUUUAUUCAAAUAUGCCCGUUUAUUCCACCAUUCCAUUUCUUUUCCAACGUACCCGUUUAUUUAAGCCUGUUCGUUUGUUACUCACUCCCCGUUUAUUCCAACUUGCCUGAUUAUGUAUCCACUUCUUCUAUUCUAUCCUACCCGUUUAUUCCACCACUCCUGUUUUUAACGCACCCUGCCCGUUUAUUCGAAUAUCACCGUUCAUUUCACCAUAACUGUUCAGGAUUGCCCCUUUAUUAUAGCAUCCCCUUUUAUUCCGACCUUCCCGUUUGUUCCGUCCUACCCAUCUACUGCAACCUGUCCGUUUGCACCAUUAUGCCCGUUUAUUGCAACCUUUUCCAGCAUGUCUAUUUAUUCAAUCGCUAA